AUGAACAGUGAAAUAUCAUCAAAUCCACUAGCAGCUAGGAGAGGGGGCUUUGGGGCGGCAGCCCCCCUCAAAGAUACCAACGAUUCGGAGAAAUCAAACAACAACUUCGUCAUUUUGGCCUAUGCGGACGAUCUAGUGCUGGUAUCCGACACGCCCGAAGAUCUGCAGAUCGUCCUUGACUGCGUUGGAGAGACAGCAGCUGCCUGUGGCCUCACCUUUAAACCCGGAAAGUGCGCGUCCCUCACCUUGGACUGCCGGCGCAGACAUACCUGCCGUGAGCUCAGUUACUCGAUACAGGGUAAACAGUUCCCAGCCCUGGAGGAAGGUCAGGCCUACGAGCACCUGGGAAUUCCGACGGGCUACCACGUCGACCAAUCUCCCGAGGACACCAUCGACAGGAUGACCAGAGAUCUACAAAAGCUUGACGAAUCUCUGUUGGCGCCGUGGCAGAAAAUCGAUGCCCUCAGCACUUUCAUCCUGCCAAGAGUCUCCUUUGUCCUGAGGGGUUGUCAUGUCCAGAAGAGCCGACUUGGGGUGCUUGACAAGCGGGUGAAAAGAGCCCUGAAAUCCUGGAUGAACCUCCCACAGAGAGCCAGCCCGGAGAUAUUAUACGUGCCGAUGAAGAGGGGCGGCGCUGGAAUUCUGCCAAUGACGGACCUGGUCGAGGUCGCAUCUAUUGUUCAGGCCUUCAAGAUGCUGACCUGUCCCGAGGCCCUCGUCCGCGACACCGCCAACAGUCAACUCCGGGAGGUGGUCCAGCGCCGGAUAGGCCGUGUCCCAUCGGUCGACGACCUGGCCCGUUAUCUGUCGGGAGACCUUGAGGGAGAGUUCGGCAGAGAUGGUGGCGACAUCUCGUCGCUAUGGUCAAGAGCGAGAAACGCGACGAGAAGACUCUCGAAAAGACUGGAGAUGGGAUGGACUACCACCGAUUCAUUCCUGUCCAUCCAGAUUGGGGGGAACAAUGCACCGGAUGGCCAGACGAUAACUCGUCAGAAUCUUGAGUGGAGACUCAAGGACGCGGUGAGAAAUAUGUAUGCGUCAUCCCUGUGUCGAAAACCGGACCAGGGUAAAACAUUCAAGUGCUUCUCGAGGAGUGCCGCCAGCAAUCACUUCACGAGGAGCGGAUUCGCCACCAGAUUUUGUGACUGGCGCUUCAUCCAUAGAGCCAGACUGGACUGCGUCCCCCUCAAUGCCACUCGAAGGUUCGGGAGUGGAGACAGGCGAUGUCGGAGGUGUCAAGACCAACCAGAAACUCUGCCACACGUGUUGAAUCACUGUAGAAUUCACUCAGCGGCGUGGCAGAAAAGACACAACGCCGUUCAGGAUAGACUGGUCAAGUCUAUCCCGGACAGGAUGGGGACUGUACAUGUGAACAGGCAGGUCCCCCUGGUUGCCUCCAACUUGAGGCCCGACAUCGUCAUCGUCAACGAAAUGGAGUCCAGAGUCGCCAUCAUUGAUGUAACGAUUCCAUUUGAGAACGAGCCUCAAGCCCUCAUCAGAGCAAGGGAGCUUAAAUUGGAGAAAUACGCUGGCCUUGCCGAGGACUUGAGAGCUCGGGGUUUUGAGACGACGGUGGAUGCACUGAUUGUUGGAGCAUUGGGUACGUGGGACCAGGAGAAUGAGGCCGUCCUGAGAAGAUGUGGUACGUCCCUUAAAUACGCCACCUUGAUGCGUCGAUUGAUGUGUAGUGACGUCAUCAGAUGGUCCCGGGAUAUAUACAUCGAGCACGUCACUGGGGUGAGACAGUAUACCUGA